CGCCACUGCUCUCAACCGCGGCCAUGAGGCGUGGAGUUGGCGCGGCGCGUUUUGCAAGAGAAAAAGAACGCGACGUGAGCUCAGAUCCACUGACUGCGGAUGGGUACACAGUGAGUGAUGUUGUGUUUGCUUGUGUGUUUCAUUCAUUCAUUUCAGACUCGUUUUGAGGCGGUCGCUUCGCAGCUGACGGCCACGCGUGUGGCGCAGGCCCGAGAACACUUUGAUUCCUUCCGGCUGAAGCUGCAGGAGUUCGCACUAAAGCACCGGGACCGAAUCAACAAAGACCCGGUCUUUCGGCAGAAGUUCUGCGAGAUGUGCGCCGCAAUCGGCGUGGACCCUCUCAUUUGUACGAACGCACUCGUGAGAGAGAGUGGUGGCGGGUUCUGCGCAUCCCGUUCAUUCAUUCAUUCAUUGUGCUGUUGUGCGUGUUGUUCGGUCACUCAUCAGCGAGUCGCGGCUUCUGGUCUCGUCUUUUGGGAGUCGGCAACUUCUACUCUGAACUGGGAGUGAGUCGAGUCGGCUGAUGGCCCUGUUAAGCACACAUGUGCGUUCAGCUCAUGCAUCCGCCUGUGUGUGUCAUUCAUUCAGGUGCAAGUGCUGACCAUCUGCAUGGCCACCCGGCCGCAAAACGGAGGCAUCCUUGAGGUCAGCAACACCCAUACACUCACCCCUCCACACGCGAACCAUUGUUCCUUGUUUUCUUGGGUUAUCGGCGUGUGUGUCAGUUGUCGGAGUGUUGUCACCGUGUGCGGCGUCUGCGAGGCAACUUGGCACCUCCCAUCGACGAGUAAGAAGGAGGCGGUCAGUCCGCUGAUUGAGUGUGUCUGAUACAUGUGUGUGUCCAUGUAGGGGUGACAUCGAGCGGGCCAUCGAGCGUGUGGCAGUCCUGGGCCACGGAGGGAUCACCGUCAUGAAGGCAAGCAGUCGACUCCACGCUAUAUGUGACUCAUCAUCCCUCGUCGACUUGUGGGUGUGUGUGCAGCGUCGCGGCAAGACGACCAUCCUUUCCCUCCCCGACGAGCUCAACCCCGAUCAAACCAUCGUGCUUGACCUCGCACACGUACACACAAAAACGCACAAGCACAGACAGCCAUUGGCAUCUCCCUCCCGCUGUGGGUGGGUUUGCUGAUCAGGAGAAGGGACAUGUGAGCUGUCGGCAGCUCAACGAGGCCUUCGCCUGGACCAAGGAGCGAAGCAUGGCUGUCCUGGUAAGUCGAUUGUACCUGUGCAUGUGUGUUGGUGGCUCGGUGUGCUGUGCAUGCCAUGGCAUGAAUGCAUCGUCUUGUUCCCUCCCGUCGUCGGGUGGCGUGCGUCGUCAUGGGCAGUGGGUGUGGAGGGCAUUUCAGCGGUGCUAGAGCAGUGCACUCGUUGUCUGUCCUGGAUAUACUGGGCGCCAUGUGUGCUCACAUGGAUUGAAUGGGGCCCUUGUGGCCCGGGGCACACACACUCUUCCCUCUCUCCUUGUCUGUCUGCGCGUCGUGUCUGCAGAUGGUGUUUUUGCGUGAGGGUCUUGUGUGGGUCGACACACAAGUCACAGCAGAGGAGGUGAGAAAGAAGAAGACACCCUGAAUGCGUGUUGCUACCUGCGCUCAUCAUUUUCCUGCGUGUGUAUGGUGGGUGGGUGGUUUGUGUGCAGGGUGGUGAGGCUCUCUACUGGUUUCCCAGCCUGGCGCUCAGUCGGCUGGAGGAGGAUGACGAGUGAUGCGUG